AUGUCAACUCGCACUAAUGUGAUACCCCAGUCCGUACGUGAAAGUGGGGAUGUUUUAGAUGAAGAUAGUGUUCUUCCUCUUCCCUCUACCAAGCGCACAUGUAGCCACUCUCCAGAUAGCAAUAUAUCGUCAUUACACGAAACCCGAGAUUUUGAUAUAAGUCCUUUGGAAAACAAUGGCGAGCUUACCCAAGAUUUAGACUUCACCAUCUCGUCCAACGGUCCUGAUAUUAUUUCAAUGUCCCAAGCCCGAAGAUCUUCACCAUCUCCAGACAAGUCAAGCAAAGGUGUAAGCGCUCACCGCCCACCUGGACGACCUGCCAAACGACCCAGAUCAGCUCAAAUCGAUAACAAUCAAGGUUUGAGGUCGACCUCUAGCUCAGCAUUGGAUGUACACAAUCUCUUAUCUUCUCAACUACCCUCACGUGAAGAAAAAUCUGAGAGAAUCAAGCUUGAGAAGGAUCGAUGGUUAUCUGAAGAGAAGUACAUGAAGGCUGAGCAAGAUGCACGACAGGAAGAGCUUAAGACUCAGGCCAAACUGGCGGAUGCACUAUCCCGUCACCUUUCCGGAGGAGACGAUGCUUUGAAGGAUUCCGAACGCACCGAACGUGCUCAAAUCAAACUUGAGCAAGACCGAGUUGAACUCGAUCUUGCAAAAUCUCAGUUGGCUUGCAGCCGUGAAGAUCUCAUUACAGCUAGGAGCGAACGCAAGUUGGCUAUGUUAGCAAAGUAUAAGGCACUUGGUUUGUCAAUGGAGGAAGCUAAAAAAGAAGUUGAAGAGCAAGAAGAACAACUUUGUAGGGAACUGGAGGGAUAA